UAAAAAUACAAUAUUCAAAUAAACAGGUGGACGUGCCAACACCUCAUUAAAUUUAUGUUUCCUUAAGAAAAAGUUUUGUUUUUUUUUUUUUAAGUGUGAGAUGCACAAAAUGAGUUUCCUCUGAAAUCUGAAAAUGUCUUCAGGUCAGGUGUGAAUGAGUCCCAUCAUGCAAAGACGUCAUUUGUCAUGUUGAGACAUGAAGCUCAGCAGCAGCUAUUAAAGCACACAGACAAACUGCAGGCCAGAUAAAGGGACAGUUUGGGGGAUUCGGCUCUGCAGGCAGAUCCACAUCAACCAUCCAUUCAAAAUGUCAGCCAACUCCUCUUCCUCCUCCUCUUCCUCCAACUCGUCCAUUCAGUUUGAUCAAACUGACUGUGACUUUGUCAGCAUCAUGUUUCUUGCCUCUGCAUUCAACCUCAGCAGAGCCGUCCUCCUCCUCCCUGUGUCCGUCUUCGUCCUCAUCCUGGGCGUCCACCAGAGCCGCUCCUUUACAGCAGCGACCCACUUGGACGUCUUCACCUACCACCAGGCCGUCAUGGAGCUGAUCUGGGCUCUGGGGGCAGGACUCGCCUCUCUGGGGCUUUAUUUUCAUCUCCCAAAUGUUCCAGUUUUCGGCUACAUUUUUAGCAGCGUCGUUUUCUUUGGAGAGACCCUGUUUCACAUUCUCACCUGUCUGGAGCGUUACCUGGCUGUUGUUCACCCGGUCACCUACAGGGGGCUCCAGAACCGCCACGGAGCCGCCAUCAGGAACGGCUGCAUCGUGUCUGCCUGGCUGCUGUCCUGGAUGUGGGCCUGUCUCAUAGUUUUACACGACAGCAUCUUGUCCAUGAUCUCAUUCUUGUGUUUCCUGGUUCUGUCUCUGAUCAUCAUCUCAGUCUGUAGCUGCUCUGUCCUCUGUGCGCUGAUCCGACCCGGCCCGGGGGACAGAGACAGAACCAGGGGACAAAUGGACCAGAUGAAGCUGAGGGCGUUUUUUACGGUCACAGCUAUAAUGGCCGCGGUUUUCUUGUGGUUUUUUGCAUUUCUUAUUGCCACCGCGGCUAAAUAUGCCAAUGUGUUCAGUCACAGCGUCUGGUGUGCGAUUGAUUAUUACGUGAUGUGGUUUAGUCUCCCCAGCAGUCUUACUUUACCCUUACUUUACGUGCACAAAAAAGGAGCUUGGUCCAACUCAUAAUGCAACAGAUUAUUGUAAAUUAGGUAAUCUGGAGCCAAAUGAAGUUAGAAGUUGGAGACAUUUAGUUUGUGAAGUUGUUGUACAGAAGAUGGUGAGCAUGGCUAAAGCAGUGCUGGGCUGCAGAUUCAAACCACUGCAGUCUAUUGUUCAAAAAUAUGACUUUUUUUUGGUAUUUUUUGUUGUCAUUGUGUUAUUUAUUUUUCUAAUGUAGCAUUUUAUGUAUGUGAAUAAUUGGAUUAUGUUUUUAGAAAUAUUCGGAACAUGACUGUCAGUGAUGUAAACUCAGUAUUUCUACUGAGUUUUAUUAAAGUGCAUAUUGAUUGGUUGCUUAUUGGAUAUGAUGUGUUUUAGUUUGUAAGUAUACAUGCUAACAUAGCUCAUGAUGUGAGCUGUAGAUGUAAUGAAUUUCAGGUUUUUACUGGUUUGAUUUAAAAUAAACCAUCAUAUGAUGCUGUU